CCUUGCGAAUAAUAUCUUGCAAUUUGCUUCAUCAUGAAUUCGAGCUUUCAGGACCUGUACAAAAAGGGCCUGGACGUGGGUGAGCAGCAAAAGCAGCGGCAAAAGGAUCUUCUUAACCAACAGAAGCUGCGACGCCAGCAGGAGCAGGAUGAUGGCCGGCCACUGAAAAAAACCGAUGGUGGGAAAACACAGGCCAAGAAGAGGAACAGGAAACGUGGUGGCCACCACCAAAAGGGAAUCCCCUGGAGACCACAGCUUUCCGAGUGGUUGCGCCACAAGCCCGAGGAUCUCGGUGAGCAAUGGCUCCUCGUUCCCUGUCCCGUGGGCAAAAGAUGCCUCGUGGUGGCCGCCAAGGGGAUCACAAAAGUGUAUUCCAAAUCCGGCUGGAUGUUUAUGGAGUUUCGAUCUUCUUUGCCCGGCGAUUGGCAGCUCCAAAAGAGUCAAACAAUCCUGGACUGCGUCUAUGUGGAGGAUGCGGACACCUUCUAUGUCCUGGAUGCCAUCUCCUUUGGCCAGCAGAAUCUGCAGGAUUGCGAGGCCUCCUUUCGUUUCUAUUGGCUGCGUGCUCGCUUCGAGGAGAAUGAUUUUGCCCGGCUUGACGAGCACAAUGAGAAGGCAUUUGUACUCCUCGAUCACUAUGACUUCGAGGACACCUCUGCUGUGGAGCAGGUCCUGCAGAAGUAUCCCAUUUUCCCGGAUAACAAGCCACCCUUGGAUGGUUUCCUCUUCUACCACAAAGAGGCUAGCUAUGUGUGCCGGGUCACACCUUUGGUUUGCUGGCUAUUCCCCUUUAUGAUGCAGGAUGUGCUGGGAUGGCCUGUAAGUUCUAGUUACACAGCACCAGAGGAUUAUCAGCCUGGUCAGGCUUUGCACUACAUGGAUGAGUUUGACCGCAGGCUGGAAGAGCAAAGAAAACAAUUUAAGGAGCAGAAAAGGGCAGGCAAAGUCAGGGAGCAGCAAAGCAAUAAAAUGGAGGCAGAGGAGGAGCAAGCCGAAAGCGAUGAGUUUGCCAGCCUGAAAGGAGUCCUCGAUCAGCAGCGGCGUCUGGAGCUGGGGGAAUUAGACAUGGACUGUGCCGAGCCGCCAACAGCUGAUGUCUGCUAGGCCAAGUGGACUG